AUGCCGUCCGAUAUCAUCAGUUCCGAGAAAGAGAAGCCUGCUCCUGUGACGGAAAAGGCCAUCUCAUCUCGAGACUCGAUCAAUACUUUGACUCCCAAUAUGGGCAAAGGAGACAAUGGCCCUGGAAAUGAAGAAGACCACAUUCAGGAGGAAAUGGUUCAACUUGCCAGGAGAUGGACGACCCGAUCCCAGGGCGCCGGUGCUCCGGAAUCGCUAUUUCCUCUCCCUGAAGACGGGCCUCUCAACCCGAACAGUGGCCAGUUCAACGCCAAAGCAUGGGCCAAAGCUUUUUACAAAGCGCGAAAGGAGGCCCUGGAAGGCAAUCCACCCAAAACAACAGGUGUUGCCUUCCAGAACCUCAACGUCUACGGCUUCGGCACGGAUACCGACUUCCAGAAGAGUGUAGGAAACAUUUUCCUAGACGCUAUCACUUUAGCCAAACGGGUCAUCAACAAGAAGCAAGAGCGCGUCGAUAUCCUGUAUGACUUGGAGGGUGUCGUCCACAGUGGCGAGAUGCUUUGCGUGCUUGGCCCUCCUGGCUCUGGUUGUUCGACAUUUCUCAAAACGAUUGCUGGCGACACCCAUGGGUUUCACGUUCAAGACGGAGGGUCUUCUACCAUCAAUUAUCAAGGCAUUCACCCAAAGCAGAUGAAGACUGCUUUUCGAGGUGAAGCGAUUUAUACGGCGGAAGUUGACCAUCACUUUCCCCAGCUUACAGUUGGCGACACUUUGUACUUCGCGGCCGCUGCUCGGUGCCCAAGGACUAUUCCUCGCGGAGUCACUCGCAAGGAGUAUAUCGAGCAUCUACGCGAUGUGACCAUGGCUAUUUUUGGCAUUUCACAUACCAAGAAUACCCGUGUGGGUGAUGACUUUCUCCGAGGCGUUAGUGGCGGCGAGAGGAAGCGUGUCACAAUUGCCGAGGCUUCCUUGAGCUAUUCACCGCUACAAUGCUGGGAUAAUAGUACUCGAGGUCUCGACAGCGCUAAUGCCAUUGAAUUUUGCCGUACGUUGCGUACUCAGGCUGAUGUACUCGGUUGCACUUCAUGUGUUGCCAUCUAUCAAGCACCUCAGGCCGCAUACGACCUUUUCGAAAAGGUUCUUGUUUUGUACAAGGGCCGGCAAAUAUUCUUCGGCAAGGCCUCCCGCGCUCAAAGAUAUUUCGAGGAGCUUGGGUUUGUAUGCCCGGAUCAACAGACCACAGCAGAUUUCUUGACAUCCAUGACCAGCCCUCAGGAGCGCAUCAUUCGCCCAGGCUGGGAGAACAAGACACCUCGAACUCCUGAGGACUUUGCUAAGGCAUGGAAACAAAGCCGUGACCGUGCACUGCUCAUGGAGGAAAUCGAAGACUAUGUCCAACGUCAUCCCUUCAACGGCGAGCAUUACGACAAGUUUCUGGAAUCUCGACGCAUGGAUCAAUCUCCAGUUCAGCGAGCCAUGUCUCCCUUUACGCUCUCUUUUUUUCAACAAAUGAGCCUGACACUGUGGCGAAGCGUGGUCAUGCUUAAAACGGACCCUAGUCUCACCCUGACGAUGUUGACCAUCAACACUCUCCAGGCUAUCAUCGUCAGCAGUAUCUUCUACAAUCUUUCCGAGACUACAGCGGCCUUCCAGAAUCGUGCUGUUCUAUUAUUCUUUGUUAUCUUGAUGAAUGCGUUCAGCAGCAUCUUGGAGAUUAUAUCUCUAUAUGCCAAACGCAAAAUCGUCGAGAAGCACGCUAGGUAUGCAUUGUACCAUCCAAGCGCUGAAGCACUCUCUGCAAUCGUCGUCGACCUACCGUACAAGAUUGUCAACGUUCUUAUCACGAAUAUCACGUUAUACUUUAUGGGCAAUCUCCGGCGGGAAACAGGUCCAUUCUUCUUCUUUCUUCUGGUCAUCUUCACAACUGUCAUGACCAUGUCAAUGCUAUUCCGACUCAUCGCAUCCGUCACAAAGUCAAUCGCCCAGGCCAUGGCGCCGGCCGCCAUUAUCCUACUCGGAUUGGUAUUGUACACCGGCUUCACGAUUCCAACGCAGUAUAUGCGCAGCUGGAUCAAGUGGUGUCGCUGGGCUAACCCUAUCUUCUACGGCCUCGAAUCAAUCAUGUUGAAUGAGUUCGCUGGUAUCGACUUUCCCUGUGCCAGCUAUGUCCCAUCAGGCGCUGGCUACGAUCAAGUGGUUCCGAGUGGAAGAGCAUGUGCAACGCAAGGAGCGGUUCCAGGCCAGGACUUUGUGAGCGGCUCUGCGUACUUGAGCAUCGCCUAUGGAUACGAAAAUUCACAUCGAUGGCGCAACUGGGGUGUCAUGAUCGCAUUUGCUGUACUUUAUCUCGGUUUGCACCUUGCGGCAGCUGAGUAUGUGGCUUCCGAGCGGUCCAAGGGCGAAGUGCUGGUUUACGUACGCAAGGCUAUGAAGCAUUUGAAGACAACAUCCAGUGACAUCGAAAGCGGCCCUAGGACUACAAACAACCAACAAACUGUUGACAGUGAUAGCGGGACCGCUGGAGUUGAGAAACAGAAAUCGGUGUUUCACUGGGGCAAUGUUUGUUACGAUAUCAAGAUCAAGGGAGAGCCUCGCCGCAUUCUGGACGAAGUUGAUGGGUGGGUCAAGCCAGGCACUUUAACAGCACUGAUGGGUUCCUCUGGCGCCGGAAAGACUACCCUUCUCGACGUCCUUGCUAGUCGUGUAACUAUGGGUGUGGUUUCGGGCGAUAUGCUCGUCAACGGAAUACCACGAGACGAUUCCUUCCAGCGAAAGACCGGUUACGUCCAGCAACAAGAUCUCCACGUUCCUACUUCGACAGUCCGAGAAGCUCUUACCUUUAGUGCCCUCUUGCGGCAGUCUUCGCAAUAUACGCGGCAGGAAAAGAUCGACUACGUAGAUACGGUCAUCAGCCUAUUGAGUAUGGAGGACUAUGCUGAUGCUAUAAUCGGUGUACCUGGAGAGGGCCUCAACGUCGAGCAACGUAAGCGACUGACAAUCGGUGUUGAGCUUGCGGCGCGCCCCCAGCUUCUUCUCUUCUUUGACGAGCCCACUUCUGGCUUGGAUAGUCAGACUUCCUGGUCCAUCUGCAACCUGAUGGAAAAGCUCACCAAAAGCGGCCAAGCUAUCCUCUGCACGAUCCAUCAGCCUUCUGCUAUCUUGUUUCAGCGAUUUGACCGACUGUUGCUCCUAUCAAAGGGUAAGACGAUCUACUUUGGGGAUAUUGGUAAGGGUUCUUGCACGCUUGUUGACUAUUUCACUCGCAAUGGGGCCCAUGAUCUUCCUGCCGGAUCUAACCCUGCUGAGUACAUGCUCGAAGUUAUUGGUGCAGCCCCCGGCGCAACCACUAAUAUCGACUGGCCUGCUGUAUGGAGAAGCAGCCAAGAAUAUCAGCGAGUGCAGGAGGAGCUUGGGCGGCUUUCGGCAUCAGCACCCUCCCAAAUCGUGACCGAAGACCACUCCGUGCAUCAAGAGUUUGCGGCAACUGCUGUUGAGCAGUAUAGGCAGGUUACGAAGCGUGUCUUUGAACAGUAUUGGCGAAGCCCGGGAUACAUCUACGCAAAGGUCUUGCUCUCUAUCGGUUCGUCGCUUUUCGUCGGUCUGUCAUUCUUGAACGGCGACAAUACGCAGCGUGGCCUCACCAACCAGAUGUUUGGAAUCUUCAUGUUCUUGAGUUUGUUUCCUAAUCUGGUCAACCAGAUUAUGCCAGUUUUUGCUUCUCAGCGCGUCAUGUAUGAAGCCCGAGAGCGCCCUUCGAAAACAUAUUCUUGGAAGGCAUUUAUGGCUGCAAACAUCCUCGUUGAAAUAGCUUGGAACUCAAUUAUGUCCCUUUUCGCCUACAUUUGCUUCUACUACCCCAUCGAACUUUUCAAGAACGCGGAAUGGACUGAUGCCGUCCAUUCUCGAGGCUUUACUAUGUUUUUGCAUCUUUGGAUCUUCUUUGUAUACACUAGCACAUUCGCACACAUGAUGAUCGCUGGGCUUCCAACCGCUGAUAUUGCCGGAGGUGCCAGCAAUCUCCUCUUGAUCAUGAUGUUCACAUUUUGCGGUGUCCUUGCUGGACCAGACGCAAUGCCUGGGUUCUGGAUCUUCAUGUACCGCAUCAACCCUUUCACGUACAUCAUCGAGAGCUUCAUAGGUACUUCCCUCGGCAAUGCUCCCAUGUACUGCGCGGACAACGAAUUUAUCCCUUUCACCGCCCCGAACGGCUCGACUUGCGGCGAGUACGCCUCCGAUUUUCUGUCUCGGGCCAGAGGCUAUCUGGCCGACCCCGACGCCACCGACUGCCAAUACUGCGCCAUGUCCGACACCAACCAGUUCCUCAGCUCUAUCAGUGUCAGCUAUGGAAACAGAUGGAGAGAUUUUGGCUUCAUGUGGGUCUUUUGUAUAUUCAACCUCAGCCUCGCCAUGCUAUUCUACUGGCUUGCGAGAGUCCCUAAAACUCAGACGCGUGUGGUGAAGUCGAAGGAGAAGCGCUGA